CGUGCCGGUUGCGAGGGCCGGCGCGGGUGGUGGCGGUGCGCAGGGCUGCGUGGGUGGCGUGACGCUGACGGAGUCGGUGACGGUUGGCGGUGGGCGGGCGACGGCGUGCUUCGACUCGGUGGUGUUCAGUGGGCCGAUCACUGUGGCGGUGGACCUCUUCUGGAUGGACGCGUUCGCUGACGCGCUGAACGUGACGCUGCGCCACUGCGUGCUUGCGGGCGGUGCGCAGCUGCGGAUUGGUGGCCUCAGCGAGAGCACGGCGCGCCUGAUGCCCCACGCCCUUGUCAACAUGACGAAUGUGACGUCGCUGGAGGGCACGAUCGUGCUGCAUGGCGCGAUGCCGCUGCACUCUAGUGUGCUGAUGGCGAACUCAACGCUGCGUGCGACGGUUGGCGGGUCGCAGUACGUGCCGACGACCCCUGGCCACGAGGAAUCCUGGUACGGCCCCGCACUAGUUCUGGACGGCGUCCGGCUUCUGUCGACGCGGUUUGUCAUGACGCGGUCGACGCUGGUGUGUGGCGGGAGCUCGUGCGCUGCGAUCCUUGUGGAGCGCGGCCUUUGCGCCAACCUGUCCAGCGUAUUCUACAUGGACAACUGCGUUGUCAGGUCGCGGGUGCACGUGAUGUACGCUCUUGCGUCGGACCUGCGUGUCAGCAGCGGCUCCGUGUUUUCCGUACAGAACAGCUCUUGGAGUGCGUCGAGCAUCGAAUACGACGACGGCGCGUGUAUGUUUAGGGACGUUGCGGUGGAUGGCGGCAGCGUGCUGCAGAUUGUGUCCAGCACUUUCCGUCUUGGCUUCGCCAUGCUCAUUGCAAACAGGCUGACUGUGACUGACGGUAGUUGGCUGGUGCACCGCGACAACGAGUUCCGCACCGCCUACGUUGUGUACGUGGAAAGUGAGAACGGCGUAGCGUUCCGCGAUCGGAGUGUUUGGUCGAUACUUGACAACAACUUCACGUACGGCUCGUACUCGUCAACCAUUGUAAGUAUGACAAACGAUUGGUCACCACCGUCCGACUUGCGCCCGAUCAUCUACGGCAUGUGCAACGAGCUAAGAGGCUCACUUGUGACGAAUUACAAAGAAGAGCUUAAUAUUGGGACGCCCGUGACGGUGCUGGACUGUGGUGCGUGCACCGUGGACGCCGUGUGCUUCGCAGCGAGGACGAGCAGCAUCAGCGGCUGUGUGUGUGUGUGCGCAGCUAGCGGCUACGGUGGCACGUGUCUGCCGGCUGCGGUUCCGGACGGCCUUGGGCCGCUCCCGCUCCCCGAUGCGGACGACGCGGAGGUUCGCUGCGUGCACGGUGGCAGCAUCAGCUCCGUGGACGAUCCUGAUCCCGGUGUGCGUGGUCUGUGCUUUGUCAACGUGACCUUCAUCGCUGAUAUCGAGUUGGACCUGUGGACCUUCAACGCGCCACAACAGACACUCAACAUCACGCUGCUGCAGUGCGUCCUCGUGGGCCUGUCGAUCAAGGGGAGUGGUGCGCGCGUGCACGUGAACGUGACUUCUUUGAUUCUGGAUCCCGGUGCUUUGGAGUUUGAGGGUGAUUUUGGUGCGAGCUCCCAGAUACUGGUAGCAGGCAGUACGCUCUUGUCGACGGUGAGCCGUGCCAUUGCCUUUUCGGAUUUUUCUUUUGAUGCGAACUCGACCCUGCUGCUGCUUGACAACCACAUUGAGGGGAAUAGUUACGCAGUCUAUUUCUCCAUUGGUGUUGUUGAUGGUGGCGGGAUCAUUGUGAAGGGAAGUACGCUGAGCACAACGGAGGAGGACGACGGGAUGGAAUCAUGUGUUUGCGUUUACGCUGUUGAUGUGAAGAACGGCGGCUACCUUGGCGUGGAGAACAACACGAUGAGCGCAGUCAGCGGCAUUUAUAUUUAUGAGGAUACCACCGUGAGCUCCGCGGGGCUGUUGAGGGUGGCGGAUUGCACCCUUGUUGGCAGCGCGGAGUUUUUGGAUUCCGCGCUGUUGUAUUUGGCCGGCUCUGUGGCUCUCCAGGGUGGUGCGCAGUGGCGUGUGGAGGGCAACAACGUGGAUGCAGCCUCAGUAUUAAGUAUAGGACAUGCCCAGCACAACAUUCAGCUGUCGGGCGACGGCACUACCGUGGUGCUUGCACACAACCGUCAGGUGGACGAUAGUUAUCCUUUUGCUGAUCUGGAUCAGUCGAACCUGAUUGUGGUUUCACCCGCGAAGCUUGUGGUUGGGUGCAACCUGCAGGGCGAUGAGGAGGUGUUGUACGACGGUUUGUUUCCGGAGGGCGUGGAGGUGUUCGGGUGUGGCACAUGCAACGAUGACGCGGCGUGCUACAUGCCCGGGACGGAGUCGGUGGACCGCGGCUCGUGUUCGUGCAGCUGCAAGGACGGAUGGCAUGGCGCGUCGUGUCUUCCAUUCGAGGUGCCCGACACUUUUUUGCCACCCUUGCCGGAGAGAGCCGUUGACGGCGACACGAGCUGCGUGGUGAACCAGACGAUGAGGGAAAUCACGCUGAACAUGUGGAAGACGCACCACUGCUACGUGGGUGUGACAUUCAGCGGCGUGGGUGCUGUGCUGACAUUUUCCUUCGACAGUAUGCCGCUGCAUCUCCCCAUCAACAUCACGCUCAAUGGGUGCACAUUCCGUGAGGGUGCCGCGCUGCAGUUUUUUGGGGAUGCUGAGGCGGCCGAGUCAGCCGGCGUCCUGAUCCGCGUGAGCCAGACGGUGAUGCGGUCCUCCACCGUUGCUUUUAUACGUGCCCUCCCGCAACACUGCGACAUCGCCGUCACGGAGGUUGACGCGGUGCAGUCCUCCGCGGUUCAUUUGCCGGGCACAGUGAACAACAAGCUGAGCGUUGUGAUGCUGCACGAAGUUGAGUUGACUGCGUCGACGCUGUUGGUCAGCAACGCCAAUGCGCAUGCAUUGAGGUGUGGCGGGUUUGGUUUUUACUCGAUUGGGACGCUGACGCUGGUGCGUGGCAGCUCUCUUUACACGCGUUACUGCAGCUUCGAUGGCUACACAUACCUGUUCCGCGUGAAUACCCUCAGUGUCCGCGAUCACUCUGUUUUUGCGCUGCUCAACAACACAAUGGCCUCCGGGACAAGCCUUUUGUAUCAGCACUCCCGAUUCAGCGUGUUGGAUCACAGCGUGUUGCGCGUGGUGGGGAACAGCGGCACCGUGUCCAACGCCAUUGUUGCAGACGAAUUGUGGACCGUCCAGCAGUCAAGCUGGUUGGAUUGGCGCGACAACGACGUGGGAGUGGGUGCGUUUUUCGACGACACUGGGUCCGCUUUUGUGAGCAUUGACAGCAGCGGUGUGGUGACGCUGACGGGCUGCAAGAUGGGCUCGACGGGGUUGUCGGUCUCCCUGCUAUCGCGGGUUGACGCCGGCUACCGGUUCGUUGCUGGGUGUCUGACGGUCGCGGGACGGGAAGUGACGACGGCAGCUGAACUGGAGUUGCACGGCAUCACCAACGUGACGGCGGUUGCCGUGUGCGGGGAGUGCACGAAGGACGGCGACUGCUUUGCACCGCUGACGACGGCGGUCAGCGACUGCGAGUGCCAGUGCGCUGCUGGAGGGCACGGCGAUGUGUGCGUCCCGGCGCCUGUGCCUGCUGGCCCGCCGCCACCGCCGCCGCCACUGCCACCAACACCGCCUCCGCCAGUGCCGCUGGUUGGUGAGUGCAUCAGCGACAUGGAGUACCCCGCGAUUGCGCAUGCAGUGGGUGGCGGGCUGUCGUGGCUGUGCUACCGCAACGUGACGUUCAGCGGGGGCGGCAUGAGCCUGACGGUGCUGAUUGGGGCGAUGACGGGCGACGUGGUGAAUGUCACGUUAGAUGAAUGCACGUGGAGGGACGGUGCCGUGCUGGUGCUUUUGGGCAACGCUUACGCCGCUGUGGGGUUGCUGAACAUCGUCGUCACCGGCAACACUUUCCGUGACGCGCUGCUCAGACCGGAGGGUGUGUUUCCACCGCACACGAACAUCACGAUCAGCGGGAACCGCUUCACGGUCACGAGGCUGAUCCCUCGGUCGGGUUUGGGCCUUAGGAAGCCGUCGUGUGUUGCAAUGAAUGAGCUGGCGAUCACCAACGACUCCGCGGUGGUGCUGAGUGGCAAUGUGUUUCAGACCGUGAGGGCAUCUUCAAGCGCCAUUUACGUUGUCGGAUCUGCGCUGAGGGUGUCGUGGCACUCCGUGUUUGCGGUGUUGGGCAACGUGUUUCAUAUGGACGGCAGUAACGGUACGCUGAUACAUCUUGAGGGUUUUGCCCAAUCCUCAUCGCUGAAGGUGCUGAACAACUCUGCCGUGGUGAUUCGAGGCAACGUUGUUUCGAGGCCGGUGAAGUACUUUUUAUUACUAA